AUGGUUUCUGGCUUUCAUAAUGUCCGUCAGGAGCAGACUCAGGACCUGGGAGUACUCAACAAACUGGUUGAAGUGGUCGUCACCAUCGCCUCCCUCAGGCCCAACUUCUGCUCCAGACUCGGGCCAGCCCAGUCAGCGAACCUGGAGGCUUGCCGCUUUAUGCAGCCGACCGGAAGUAGCGACGAGUUGCUUAACGUCUUGGGCGUCUGCCUGGUUGAUCUGAACCGUGUGACGUUGCCGCUGCAUAAAGAAGCGAAGAGGGUAGUGGUACGACUCUACACAGCAGAAGUAUUGGCGAGCCAGCCGAGCGGCCUUGUCGAGAUUGGCGACCAACUGGAGGGCUCUGCUGAACACGCUGAUGCGGCCAGCCUCAGAACCGCCAGGAUCAUUUGGACCCCCUUUUUCCAGACAUCCGCAUGA